AUGGACUUCCAGCACCAGCUUAUUAAUGCUUUUCGGAGUGCCCUGGGAUGCAGCAAUGUUGCUCUUCCUUACUGGAACGAACGGUCGACGGAAGGGAAAGACUUUCCCAAUGGCUACAGGAAGCCUAAGGGGUACGAUACUGUGCGAUAUCCCUACUCUGGACUCCUGCCGCCUGAGCAAGCGACUGAGUUCUUGAACGGCAACGUCACACGCUGGCUCAAUCCGAAGGCUAUUAACAACAGCAGAGGCUAUGAGAUUAGGGUGGAAUUAGUAGCUAAUUACAAAGAAUGCCUCGAUGCCCCCAAUUACAAUUUACACGACGCCAUGAAACGUGCCGACGUCUAUCCGUUCGCCAACGGUGCUAUGGGCGAGAAUGACACGGCAUCAUUUGACCCGGUCUUUUUCUUCCACCAAUUGCUUCACAGAUUAAGUACAUAUUCUGGAAGUGGCAGGAUACUCGUAACAAGUCAGCUGGACAUCAUCCCCGACCUCAACGGCACAAAGGGUUGGUGUUUCGACUCCCCUUCUAGAUCCACCAGUCUUGGUUACGACUAUCCCAGACCGAGGAGUGAUUUCCAAGUCUCCGGGCCAGAAAUCAGAGAGGGAACCCAAAAUCACAGCGACUGGUAUCAAUCGCGCCUGAAUCCGCGAUUCGGUCGUGAUCUCCACCGGGGGGCCAAGGGCAAGAACGGCCAGCCAGACAUGCUUUUGGACACGAAAUCUGUGCUCAGUCGGUGGAAUGUCGCAAGCUGUGAGAAUUGUCAGAACUAUCUCGACAUCGAAUCUCACCGGAACCUGUACGGCUUUUCGGACGAUGAGGCGUUGGACACGGAGUUCUAUGCGCUGGUUCAUACCAGAGACAACCCUGAAGGCAUCGAUACUAUCGAAGGCAAGAAGGUCCAGGCCGAGAUUGGAACAGCACAGUGA